GGGUUGCCUGUCGCGCAGGCGCAGAAGCUCCUGUGUGUGGAAAGCUGCGGCCCGGCGGGCGGGUAGAUAACAGAUGCGGGUAAAAGAUCCAUCAAAAGACUUACCUGAGAAAGGCAAAAGGAAUAAGCGACCAUUGCUACCUCAUGACGAAGAUUCUUCUGAUGACAUUGCUGUAGGUUUAACGUGCCAGCACGUCAGUUACGCUGUUAGUGUGAACCAUGUGAAGAAGGCAGUGACCGAGAACCUGUGGGCAGUCUGUGCAGAGUGUCUGAAAGAGAGAAGAUUCAGUGAUGGACAGCCAGUGCUUCCUUCCGAUGUCUGGCUGUGCCUCAAGUGUGGUUUUCAGGGAUGUAGAAAUUCUGAAAGCCAGCACUCACUGAGACACUUCAAGAGCUCUGGGACUGAGUCCCAUUGUGUUGUCGUUAACCUGAGUACCUGGAUCAUAUGGUGUUAUGAAUGUAACGAAAAAUUAUCGACACAGUGUAACAAAAAGGUUUUGGCUCAGAUAGUUGACUUUCUCCAGAAACAUGUUUCUAAAACACAAACAGGUGCAUUUUCUAGAAUCAUAAAACUCUGUGAAGAAAAACGGGAAGCAGGUGAAGUAAAGAAGGGAAGAAAAGGCAGCUGUGUGCCGUCUGUUAAAGGAAUUACAAAUUUAGGAAACACUUGCUUUUUUAAUGCAGUCAUUCAGAACUUGGCUCAGACUCACAUUCUCUUUGAACUGAUGAAUGAGAUAAAAGAGGACGGCACCAAACUCAAGAUCUCUCUUUCGUCAGCUCCACAGCUGGAUCCAUUAGUGGUGGAACUUUCAAGCCCUGGACCAUUGACUUCAGCCUUGUUCCUGUUUCUUCACAGCAUGAAGGAGGCAGAAAAAGGACCCCUUUCUCCUAAAGUUCUUUUCAAUCAACUUUGCCAGAAGGCUCCUCGGUUUAAAGGGUUCCAGCAACAGGACAGUCAGGAGCUGUUACACCAUUUGUUGGAUGCAGUGAGGACAGAGGAGACAAAGAGGAUACAAGCAAGCAUUCUAAAAGCAUUUAACAACCCAACUACUAAGACUGCUGAUGAUGAAACUAGAAAAAAAGUCAAAGCCUACGGAAAAGAAGGCGUGAAGAUGAACUUCAUAGAUCGGAUCUUUAUUGGUGAAUUAACAAGCACAGUCAUGUGUGAAGAAUGUGCAAAUGUCUCCACCAUGAAGGACCCCUUCAUUGAUAUUUCCCUUCCUAUCAUAGAGGAAAGGGUUUCAAAACCUGUACUUUUGGGAAAAAUGAAUAAAUGCAGAAGUUUACAGGAGACAGACCGAGAUCAUAACAACGGCACCGUUACUGUAGAAAAUACCCAUCACCCCAGAGCUGCCAAGAAGCAUUCCUCACCUAAAGAGAAGAAUUCACUGAGUCAUGACAGAAAACCUUUAAGAGAAUUGCCAUCUGGAGAAGAGAGAACUGUUGUUUUGCAUCAGAAGGAUGAAAACUUUGAAGGGAGCCGGUUUGCCAGCAUCAUGAGUACCGAGUCGUCACUGAACGAGAGCCCCACCGACGGCAGUGAGAAGGAAGCCGGCCUUUCUGAAAGCAGUGCCGACGCCGACAGCGAAGCCUCUGAAUCCGAGAGCACAUCCCAGCAAACUGUGCUGUUCCGACCCAGUGGCGAUUCCUGCGGGCACACAGAUCGGCACCCGCACGUCUCAUUGGCAAGUGAAUUGCCACACACCACGGAGACUCACAGUGUUGACGAGGAAAUGACUGAAGCGAUUGCUGAACUUCAUUUGGGCAGCCCUGUAAUUGGAAAUAGAGAUUUUGACAGGGAAAAACAUCCACUAAAUGUCCCCAAUAAUUUGUGUUUUUCAGAGGGAAAACAUAUGAGGUUUCAUAGCGCCCAAAAUGCUUUUCAGACUCUUUCUCAGAGCUAUGUAACGACUUCUAAAGAGUGCUCUGUGCAGUCCUGUCUCUACCAGUUCACGUCCAUGGAGCUGCUAAUGGGCAACAAUAAGCUGCUCUGUGAGGACUGCACCGAGAAGAGACAGCAGUGCCAGAAGGAAGCCAGCUCUGCAGAAAAGAAAGCAGGAGGAGUUUAUACGAAUGCCAGGAAGCAACUGCUUAUAUCUGCUGUUCCAGCUGUCCUGAUUCUUCAUCUUAAAAGAUUCCACCAGGCUGGCUUGAGUCUUCGUAAAGUGAACAGACACGUAGAUUUUCCACUCACCCUUGACUUAGCACCAUUCUGUGCUGCAGCCUGUAAGAAUAUAAGUGUUGGAGAGAAAGUUCUCUACGGUCUCUACGGUGUAGUGGAACACAGCGGCUCAAUGCGGGGAGGCCAUUACACCGCUUAUGUGAAAGUGAGAGCGCCCUCCAGGAGAUUAUCUGAGCAUAUCACUGGGAGGAAAGCUGUGCCAGGUUUGAAAGAACCUGAUAGUGAAUUGGAAGGCCAUUGGGUCCAUGUCAGCGACACUUAUGUGCAGGUGGUUCCAGAGUCAAGAGCACUUAGUGCACAAGCUUACCUUCUUUUUUAUGAAAGAAUACUAUAAUUAUCUGUCAACUGUUAUUUAUCUCAUUUUUAUUUUAGUGCUGCAGUGGUAACCAUAUAUGUAAUGUGCCUUUGUGGUCUUAGGAUAGUGCUUCCUUCCGGUGUUAUUUAACCUUUCCAUCACGUGAUGAAUCCUUUGAAAACAAAUUAAUGUCCAGGCAGUGGUGGCACACACCUUUGAUCCCAGCAGAGGCAGGCUGAUCUCCGCGAGUUUGAGCCAGCCUGGACUACAGAGUGAUUUCCAGAAUAGGCAGAACUACACAGAGAAACUCUGUCUCAAAAAAUUAGAUAAAGCAAAUCAGUUAAUGCUUUCAAAUCUAUAGUCUUAAAUGUAAAAAUGUAUUUCAUGUUGAUUUUCAUGUCCUUGGAGAUCUCUUUCUCAAAAAACAAAUUUUUUUGAUAGUGUAGAAAAGUCCUUUUUAUGAUGUGACUCACCAUUAAACAUUCAGAGAUGAUGGUAAACUGAGUCAUCCUUCAAUAUGCUGUUUCCUAAGCAUAACACAGCCUUCCUGCGUGCACGUAAUACAUCUGAUGUUACAGUUUACUUUUUGUUUUAGCCUUUUAAAAUCUUGCCCGUUUUGAAUCACACUUCACAUUUUUAUGUGCUUGUUUUUCUAGUAAAAUACUGAAGUCAGUUUAUAACUCUGACAGAAAAACUGUUCAUCCUUGUACCCACUCCACUGAAAUCAUCUCAGGGCUUUGCAGCAGUGUCUGUGUUCCUGUACAGGGAAUGUUGCUAGAACUGUCGGAAUUAGUGCCUAAUGCAGCGUGAUUACUUUUUCAUAGUUCAUCAAAUUCGCUCAUGUAAAAAGGAGCCACUGGAAUUUUGGUAGUGUGAGUUUACAAGUAAUGUAUUGAUUAGCUUAUUGCUUAGAAAAUUUGAAAAUAUUAAAGCAUUUCAUAAUCAUUUGCAGUCUGUUAAAGAUAAUUUGUAAGUGACUGGCUCCCCAAAAUAAAAUUAUCAGUAAUUCUAGCACAUAGAACUGGUAAAUAAAAGUUGAUAAUCCAUAUAGGAACGUAGGAUACUUUAAGGAUAUCUUUGGACUAUAAAUUAACAAACUAUAUUUGUAAAUGGUAGAAAAUCAUAUUCUUAUCGUUAACAAGGAAUAUAAUAUAUUUUCUACUUCUAUACUUCAGUAAAUAUUAAACAGGGUGUUGUCUUCAUAAGCAUCAUUUAAAGUGCAUGUGGAUAGCUGGGGAUGUAGUUCUGUGACUGAGCACUCACGUAGCCUGCGCAAGGCACUGUUUCAAUC